CAGAGUUCGUCUCGGGGAGGAAACACCACAUCCUGCCAAGCUGUGGCUGGAAUUCUGGAUCCGGAGUCCGGGAGGGGCCACGGCUCCCCUCCCACCCACAUCCAGGGGCCAAUCCUAGGGCUCCGCCUCAGGGUGGGGCGAAAUCCCGUGCCCCCCCCCUCCCAACCCAGCCCCUACCCUGAGGCCGGGGCGGGGGAUGGAGGCUCCUAAGGAGCUGCAGGCCACGCUGCCGCUCUGGGGGACCGCACUAGCAUUGCUGCUCACCUCUCUCUGGCUCUGGCGGAGCUGGGCCUGUGCGCCCCGGGACUCGGAGGGCCCUGCUCCCCUAGAGCUGGCCUGGCCCUCCGCGGGUGCUGAAGGAGUGCGGACAUGCGGAUUAGUGCCCUACAAACAGAGGGAGCCUCGGGUGAGGGCAGGAGAGAAGGAAGAGAAGCAGGAGGAAAAUCCAAACUCUGACAAUAAGAAGAUACCACUACCAGCUGAACUGGAAGAGGAAGAUGAUGAGACUGGAAGAGAAAGUUCCUCUGAUCGUCUUGGGAAGCCUCUUGUUAUUGAAACUACAUGGCCUGGCCAGAAUGAAGAGGAGACGUUUUCCUUUAAAUAUAGCCCUGGGAAGCUAAGGGGAAACCAAUAUAAGAAAAUGAUGACCAAAGAGGAGUUGGAGGAAGAACAAAGGAUUGAGCUGACCUCUGACUUCACUUGCCUGUAGCAAGUACCUUAGUUCUGUACCACAAAUACUCUCCCAAAUCUUUUUGGGUUAAAAAAGAACAACUGGCCGCCAUCUUCAAACUCAUGAAGGACAAUAUGGAGACUUUUGGCGAGAUGUCUGAUGGAGAUAUGCAGGAACAGCUCAAGCUUUAUGAUAUGUAGGCUUGAAAACAACAGAUCUCUAACAGCUACUGCCUUACCCUGCAACAAGACUCUGAAGACAAUUGUACUGUGACUGAUAUUAGAUUAGUAACUCUUGUUUUCAGAUUUUUUUGUGGGUAUAUAUAUAUAUAUAUCUUUUUGCAUAUGAUAUUUAUAUCACAUCUUAAAGCAAUCAGUUAGUAUCACCACAGAGGAAGAGGGACACACAGAUCCUAUUGACUGAGUUUCCUUCCCUGUUGUUUAUUGCUGAGGUAUAAAUUAUGUGGCAUAAUUAAUACAUAUAUCUUAUCUUCUGACUUGGGCUAAGAAUUUAUACAUGUUAGUCUCAAUUCACACAUUAAUGAUUAGGGAUCUGAUUGUCAGAUGAUAUUAGAGUAGGAAUAACCUGAAAUCCUAACUCAUGACACAAUAGUAAGCUGUUUGGGAAGAUUCAGGGGUGCUGAAGAAUAUAUUAUCUUUAGCAUCUUUAUAAUGCUUUAUAGAGGUAAGGUCUAUGAGAUUUUUUUUGAGGGUCUGAGAUUCAUUUCUUCCUUGAAGUUUGUUUCAAUGAGUCAUCUUUGGGGGCAGUAAGGUGGCACAAGCUUGGAGUCAGGUGGACCUAGGUUCAGAUCUGACCUCAGAUAAUUCCUAGCUGUGUGACCCUGAGAAAGUCACUUAACCCCAUUUACUUAGCCUUUGCCCUUCUGUCUUAGGUCUUUUUUAACACAGUCUUUUCUAACACAGAAAAUAAGGAUUUAGAAAAGACUUAUUUUCCUGUUUGGAUCAAAAUAAAGGUACUAGAAAUCACAUUAUGAGUAUGGAAAGUGAAUAUAAUUUGUACCCUUUUUGGACCCUAAACAGAUUUGAUUUUAAAGCUCAAACAAUUUGAUUUUAGGACCGAAUCUUAAGCUAUCUCUCCCUGAGGAUUUAUUCUUUUGUCUAGAAAUAAAAACUGGCCAGAAGAGGCCUGCUCUUUGUUUAUCUGUAAAUAAGAACUCUCUUGGGUGGUAACCAAUCAACUAAAUAGACACUAUAUUGGAGCCAUGGGCCACAUGUCAAAGUGGCAGCAUUGAAAAGACCUGCCACUUUCUGGAAGUUUCUUGAGUUCAUUUCCUGUGUGGCUAUCAUACAAUGAGAAACCUCUUAGGCUGUGCUGAGGAGGGACCAGAUGAAGACAUCAGAGGGUUUAAGCUAUAGGAAGUCACCCUUUUUUGGCUGGCCCAGCUGCUGAUUUUGCUGGCACUUGGGCUUCUGUUUUCUCUCUUGGAAGCAUGGAUCCAGCUGCUCAAGUUUGAUCUGGCUGUCUGCUGCCCUCCAGGCUUCUCAUCCAGCUUCUAGUUCUUUGCAGCCUGUUCAGACUGGAGGAAGCUAGUUAGAUUGAAGUGAGCCAUUGAUAUUUUUUAAGAUAAAAAUAUAGCCUCAUGAUAAUUUCAAUAGUCACAGAAGCAAAAGAUUUGGAACUUAACUUGAAGCAGCUUUGAUAAAAGAAAUUACUUCUUUGUAAAACAGAGAUAACAAAAUAUUUAACUGACAUCUAUACAUCUGUAUUAUGAAUUGUAAAGGUUAACAUUAAUGGUUGGACGAUGAUUAUAUGAAGUUAUGUGAUCACCAGUGUUUAUAAUAUCUUGAGUCAGAAAUUUAUUUACAAAUAUUUACAAAAUGGAGAGGAAACAGUAAAGUAAAGCAAUGUGAAGAGGUUAGAGAGGUUAUCUAGCCUAUUAACCUAAAUGUUUACUCCAGGUCUGCUUAAUUCAAGCAGAGAUUAAUUAGCUCUCAACCAGGAAGUCUGGUGGUGAAUAACCACGUGGCCUCCUCCAAGAUGGUAACUAAUCUCUUAGAAACUAGGAAAGUAGUCAGCCUUUCACUCAUCCAACAAAGGUAGUCCAGGAGUCAAAGUUGAAGCUGAGCUCCAAGCCCACGAUCCAAGCCACAGUUUCCAGUAAAGUGCCCUCAAAGACUCUCCACAGUCAGAAGACUAUCUCUAGAAGACAAUCUCUUCAGAGUAUCUUCUCAAAGACAAUCUGCUCUAAGGGAGUUUGGGGCUUGCUUUUAUGGUGACUUCUUGUCCUUGCCCCUUUUCACAGGGGACCAUCACAGUUUCCAAAUUGUCUAGCACUGCCCAGGGGUAAACGUCUGUGGGAUUGACCAUUUCACCUUUUGAAGGUUAAGUUCUCAUCAAAAGGAUUCAUAGCUAAGGGUGAGAAUUUUCUAAAUCUGACCUAAUACUAAGUAGGGUGUUCAAUCUUUUGUUGAUUCAGUUUAAAAGUAGACAAAGGAGAUUUAAUCCUGUCUUCAGUCUAGUGAGAUACUAAGUAGGGAUACUUAAGUUAAUGUUAACACAGUAUAGACAACAGAGUAAAGAAUUCUCUUUUACAAUAUACAUGUAUAGCUGUAUAUCUAUAACAUCUAUCCAAUGGCUCCUUGAAGUAUGGAAGUGACCCUUGAUUCUUGAAGAAUCUUGUUAUGAUCUGGCUACCAGUCCAUCUAUGUUUGAAGAAAUUCAUCAGUAGCAUGACUGUAGACUAAAUGAUAACUUUUUUUUUAAACCCUUAUCUUCCAUCUUAGAAUAAUACUGUGUAUGGGGUUCCAAGGCAGAAGAGCAAUAAGGCCUAGGUAAUGAGGUUUAAGUGACUUGUCCAAGAUCACAUAGCUAGGAAGUGAGUGAGGUCACAGUUGAAUCCAGGACCUCCCCUUUCUAGACCUGGCUCUCAAUCCACUGAGCCACCUAGCUGCUCCCUGCUGCAGCAACUCUUAAAGACUAUCUGCCAAGGUAUAAUCCCCAGUAUUCUUACAACAUUUAAAGGUUUGCAAAACACUUCAUAUAACUGACAGAAGGAAUAUCCCUAUUGUUGAAAUUAUCAAACCCUUGAAGUGUGAGUGCAUCCUAUUUUCUAAUUAGUAACAGGGGCUGCCAUUUAUAGUUCUGGCUCAGGAGCUGAAUGAUCCUUUUAUUCAGAAUGGGCUCCCUUGGCUCUGAUUGCUAAAUACUGUCAGUCAAGUUGCUGUAAUCAUUUCCCAACAACCAGUGUUUGUUCAGUUAUGUUUGUACUCAUGCUCCAGCAUGUUUUAUUACAUUUUUUUUGCCUACUUUAUGUGCAGCUAUUCCAAGUUACCUCAUCCAUGACAUGAAGUUGCUAUUUAGUGAAUUAUUACUUUCAUUCAUUAAACUAAUAAAGGACUUGGAGCUCAUUUUUUUUUUAAUAUAUUUUAUUUGGUCAUUUCCAAGCAUUAUUCGUUAAAGACAUAGAUCAUUUUCUUUUCCUGAGCUCAUUUUUCUUGUAAGAGAUGCUUCACUGAUAGAAAAAGCAGGUCCAUUUGUGGCCAAAACAGCCCUCUCCGAACUAAUUCUCAAAAAGACAUAUGGCAUAUCCUAUGUUGAUUUUUCUUUUUUUUUUUCUUCAAAAAUUAUUAAUAUAUAGAAUGAUUCUCCAGGAGGAAGACAGGGAGGCAAAUGGAUGGAUACUGGGAGAAAUUGUGGUGAUAUAAAAAAAACACAAAAGAUAGAAAUAAAAAUUUACAAAAGGGAAAAUUUGACCCAAUUAAAUGAAAACAAAAUAAAUAAUGUAAAUGAAAUGUAUGAAUAUUUAUUUCAAAUUUUGGGGUUAUUUUAUUAUUAUUUUCAAAACUCCUUACCUUUCAUCUUAGAAUUAAUACUAUGCAUUGGUUCUAAGGCAGAAGAGUAAUAAGGGCUAGGCAAUGGGGGUUAAGUGAUUUGCCCAGAGAAGCUAAGAAGUGUCUGAAGCCAGCUUAAAUCCAGGACCUCCUGUGUGUGCUUGGCACUCUACUCACUGAGCUAUCCAGUUGCCCCUGUGAAGUUUUUUUUAAUAUACCUAAACAAAUAUGAGCAUUUCUGUAUUUUAAAAACAUCUCCUAAAACAAAAAAAGAAAUGCAUUUAAAACCCUUCAUCUCCUUACACAUAGCUGUAUUUUUCUUAAAAAUUAUAUCAUAAAGCCCACAUGUUACUUUCAAGGCUAUUCAGUUUGUGUCUCCUGUUAAUUCUUUUGUUUACUUAAAAAAAAUGUUUCAAAGGUCCGCUUUUCUUUUCUUUUUGUAUCACUAUCAUCUCCUCUUGUAUCAUCCUGCUAAAUUAUUUUUAAACUCUUACCUUCCAUCUUAGAAUCAGUACUGUGUAUUGGCUCCAAAGCAGAAGAGCAGUAAGGGUUAGGCAAUGGAAGUUAAGUGACUUGCCCAGGGUCAUACAGCUGAGAAGUGUCUGAGGCCAUAUUUGAACCCAGGACCAAUAUCUCUAGACCUGGCUCUUUCUCCACUAAGUCACCUAGCUGCCCGUCACCCCACCCCAUCCCACUCAUUUAAAAAAAUCCUAACGCCUUUGACAACCACACAGAAAAAUAUCCCCAUACAAAAUGCCGUAAAUGCAGAAGGGAAAUGAGCUUGUGAUUGGCUGAAAGAAUGUGAAAUCUGGUGCUGAUAUAGUAUAUUUGCAUAAAAGACAUUUUAGUUGGUUAGGGACAACAGUAAAGAAAAGGGCUGUAGAGAGUCAAGAGAGAAAUACUUGUGAAUGAUAGACUGGCACCCUAGGUGUUAUGGACAUGUGGUAUCUGGGCUUCCAGGGUUUUCAACUCUAAAGACUAUUGAGAGCAUACCUUUCAUGAAUAUGAUUGUUUACUACUUCCUGUUCUGAGCUAAGAUCUUAUCUCAUUCUGGCAUGAAGUAAGAUCAAUGAAAAAUAGAUUUUUAUUAAUUUCCUUUGUUUUGAUCUCACUUAAAUUUCUCCUUGUAUCACUUCCCACACCAUUUCCAAAGAACCAUCUCUCCCAAGAUUUGGCAAACUAUAUCUUGCCUAGCCUGUUUUGUAAGGCUUGCAAACUAAGAAUGGCUUUUAAAUUUAAAUUUUUAAAAUUACAAUAAAUUUUCAUUUACAAAUGUAAAAACCAUUCUUAGCUUGCAGGCUGUACAAAAACAGAUGGCACAACAGAUCUGGCCUAUGGGCCAUGGUUUCCCAAGUCCUGCCAUAUAACAAAGAAUUUAUUCAUUUUUUAUUCAGAGAUAUUUUUCCAAUUACAUGAAAUAACAAUUUUCUCCAUAUGGUUCCUGAAAUUAUAAGAUCCAAACUGUCUCCCUCCCCGCUCCCAGAGAUGAUAAAUAAUUAAAUCUGGGUUAUACAUGUAUUGUAGCAAUCCAGCCCAUAGACAUUAUGGGGAGACAAGGAAUGUGAGUGAGCACAUGGCCAUCCUGUGCAUGGCAAUAAAUUUUAUUGCCAGCGUGGCUGAAGUUUAGGCGCGAAACCUUGCUUUCCUUUGUCUCACUCUCCCGGGGAUAAUAACCCCACCUUCACCUUGUCAUAAGUUGCAUUAUCCAAUGGGAAUACCCCAGGUAACUCAUCCAUAUGUAUUGAGGUAUCAUAUAACUGUUCAAUAUGUAUUGAGCUGUCAAGACUAUAAAUAAACGAGCCCCAGUAAGCUCCGCCCACUUGAAGAGCAUCCACAGGUUUGAUAAGGAGGAUCUUCUCCCCUGUCUCUCUCUCUCUUCUCUAUCUUUCUCACUAAGGCCUGGUCCUUAGGCCAGGCCUGCCUUACUUCCUCUCUUUCUCCUAAUGCUACCUAGCAUUAUCUACCUCCUUUAGUUUCUGAUCUCCUUUCCAUCUGAGCUAGCUUUAUCCUCUGACCAGUAUGGUGUUAAAUUGAGAUCAUUGGGUGGUUUUAGCCUGAAUAAUUACACUCAGUGGUCGGAGCUUAGCUGUGGCUCAUACAAAUAA